UGUCAGGAAGCAGAAUAUCUUUAAAUUUGGCUUUAAAUGAGCGAGAAUGUGGCUAAUUAUAGUGGACUAUAUGCUUUAUAUUGGUUAUUGUGCGUAAACACACUGAUGGUGUGUUUCUCUCCCCCCUUUCUGUGGCCUCGAUCGCCCGCCAGCCCUCAAAAACCCUCGUCGCGGCAGCUGCCGAGCGCGACCUCUCUCCUCCUUCCCUCGCUGCCGAUUCGCUCCCUCGCCCGGCGACUCUGUUUUCCGAGGAACCGGUUUGCUGGGUGACGGAGCAGGUGCUUCAAGGGUUUGAUGAGUAAAUACGCGCCGGCUUCAGACGGCAUUGAAGCGCCAAGGAGCGGAGUGGAAUUUUCCCAAGAUGAAACGAGUGGGUGACAGGACGGGGAGAAUCCAGCUGUACUGGAGAGGAGUGCUGCCAGACAGGAAAGACCACACCGCCUGUUUCCAGGCUAAGACCCCCGAUGAGGAGGCCUGCGUGGGGGUGAAGAUCGAGAGCUCCACAGCUCUAGGCAGCAGCCCGGCGAGCGAGCGCAAAGGGCCGCCCAGCGUGCAGGAGUGUCUGAGGCGGGCGGGCGGUGGCGGAGCGGCAAGCAAGAGCAGGGGAGGGGUCAAUGGAAGAGGCCCCGGCAACAGGCCGCGGCUUCCGAGUAAACCACAAGUGCCUCCAAAGCCGCCGCAUCUCCAGAGCCCCGUGACGGAGCUGCCGCCCCCACUGGGCCACCUCCAGAAGCCACCGCCCGCGUCCAGCAUGGAGGAGGGAGGCGGAGGAAGGGGGGGAGGAACAGGAGGAGGAGGAGGCGCGGGAAAGGGAGCUGUGAACCGCGAGAGGCUGAGGGAGAAGCAGUCGAAAGUGUCAGACCUCAUCAGCCGCUUUGAGGGAAACAGCAACACAGAGAGCAAGCGAGACGAGUCGCCGCUCAGGAACACCGUCAAGCCGAGCGGCUGCGGCCCGGCUCCCCGCCCCAACGGGAGGCAGGCGGACGCCGGCAGGAUCCAGGAGAACCACUCCUCGGCGCCGGCGGCGCCGGAGCAGGAUGAGCGCAGGCCCGCGGCCAACGGGGUGCUAGUGCAGAUGGAGCAGGGCACAGAGCGAGCGGAGACGAACGACCAGACGGCCGAGCUGGUAAAUGGAGACGCGGGGGACGGGGGCAUGGAGCGGCGUGAGGACCAUUCACCUCCGCACACGGACGGAAUGGGCUCAGGAGGCCUCACGGACUCUGUGGACAGCGAGAGCAAGACCGAGACGGAGGCGGAGACCAAGCAUGAAGAAGGCAGCACAGAGCACAAGGAGACGAACGAGGAGAAGCUGUUUAAGAUCGCCAACGAGCUGCUGCAGACGGAGAAGGCCUACGUGGCCAGGCUGCAUCUGCUGGACCAGGUUUUCUGUGCUAAGCUAACGGAGGAGGCCACCAAGGGGACGUUCCCCGCGGACGUACUGAAGCACAUCUUCUCCAACACCUCCUCCAUCUACGCCUUCCACAGCGGGUUUCUGCUGCCUGAUUUGGAGAAACGCAUGGAACAAUGGCAGUCCAACCCCCGCAUCGGGGACAUCCUGCAGAAACUAACGCCCUUUCUCAAGAUGUACGCGGAGUAUGUGAAGAAUUUCGACAACGCGAUGGAGCUGUUGAAACACUGGACGGAGCGCUCGCCUCAGUUCAAGAGUAUCAUUCAGGACAUACAGAGUCAGGAGAUCUGCGGCUGCCUGACGCUUCAGCAUCACAUGCUGGAGCCGGUGCAGAGGGUCCCUCGAUACGAGAUGCUGCUGAAGGACUAUCUGAAGAAGCUACCUCAGGACGCGCCCGAUCGGCGAGACGCAGAGAAAUCGCUCGAAUACAUCGCCACCGCAGCGACGCACUCCAACUCCGCCAUACGGAAAACCGAGAACCUGAAGAAAGUGAUAGAGAUCUACGAGAUGCUGGGCGAGGAGGAGGACAUCGUCAACCCCUCCAACGAGUUCAUCAAGGAAGGCCACAUCCUGAAGCUGGCGGCCAGGAACACCUCGGCCAUGGAGCGAUACCUCUUCCUGUUCAACGACAUGCUGCUGUACUGCGUGCCCAAGUUCAGCCUCGGCGGGCCCAAGUACACGGUGCGGACGCGUAUCGGCAUCGACGGCAUGAAGGUGCUGGAGACGAGCAACGACGACUACCCUCACACCUUCCAAGUGUCGGGAAAGGAGAGGACACUGGAGCUGCAAGCCAGCUCAGAGCAAGACAAAGCCGACUGGAUUAAGGCGUUCCAGGAAACCAUCAGCAUCUUCCAGCAAAAGAAUGAGUCAUUCAAGAACGCCUUGAAGGACGUGGAGGAAGUGUCGAAAGCAGAGCUGGGCAAGCGCGCCCCAAAGUGGAUCCGCGACAACGAGGUGACGAUGUGCAUGAGGUGCCAGGAGCCUUUCAACGCGGUGACGCGGCGGCGGCACCACUGCAGAGCCUGCGGCCACGUGGUGUGCUGGAAAUGCUCGGACUACAAGGUGACCCUCGAAUACGAGGCCCACAAGACCAACAGAGUGUGCAAGAACUGCUUCCAAUGUCUGAACGGAAAAACGGUGACCGGGGGCAAGAAGAAGGGCAUCCUAGAGAUCGAGGCGGCGCAGUUCGCGGACAGCAGCAUCAUCUGCGGCUUCCUGCAGUACUGCAGCGAGAAGAACAAGCCGUGGCAGAGGAUGUGGUGCGUGAUCCCCGAGAAGGAGGGCGUGGUGCUCUACCUGUACGGAGCCCCUCAGGACGUGAAGGCCCAGUCCACCGUCCCCCUGCUGGGUUACUCCGUGGAGGACACGGACCCCCCGUGCAGCUUCCGCCUCUCCCAGUCCAAGUUCGUCCACAACUUCGCCGCUGAAUCCGAGGAGCUGAAGCAGCGCUGGCUGAAGGUCAUUCGAGUGGCGGUGACGGGGGAGGUGCCCGAGCGCCCGCACGCCAACGGCAGCAACGCAAGCAUCGCGGACAACAACAACACGCAGGAAGUGGCUGCCGACGCCACAUAGGUGUGCGAACAUGCUAGAAGAAGGGACGCGUACGUCAAGAACCCCCUCCCGCGUCGCUGUCCUGGGACCUUUAGGACGAUAUGUGCUGGAUAAGCUGCUCUUCCUGUCACCGUUCCCCACUUUUCUUCUGGAAUCGCCUGGUGGCACCACGCAGGAAUCGAUGAUUCACUGCUCGGGCCGCGCUGGAGGACACGUUGCUACAAUCAACACUAGAGCAGAGGGGCCUCAGGACUCAUUGACUUCCCUUUAAGUCCCUCUGUCAACUCUGCCUGAGCCAUCGGACCUUUACAAACUCAUGGUGUCCUUUAAGGGAUCUGAGCAAAAAGAGCAUUCUGCUGGUGCUGUAACUUGUACAGAAUAAAUGUUUUACUGGUUUGUUUUUCAAAGGAACUGUUGUUUUUAAUGUACAAAAAUCAGCCUGGAUUUUGUUUUGUUCUGUAAUACAGAAAACACGUCUUCAUAGUAUUUCCCCCAUGUUUUUGCUCAAGAGGAUGAUAAAACGGGAAAAUGACAGAGAUUGAUCAAACGCUGGCUGGUCUCUCCUCGGCUUUGCUCUUAGAUGCACCUGUUCUUUGGUUUUUCUCUAGGUUUUCUAUGAAUUUGCACAUGUUUUGCUGCAGACGGACCACGGAACGAGGGAGAACGUGUGUUUUGUUGUAUUGCAAUGACAAUGCACCUUUUAUAAAUGACGUAAACCUUUUGUUUUUAUUUGGCUCAUGUAGUUUGUCGAAUACCUGACAAAUGAACUUGCAUAGUUGCGUUCUUGUCAUAAUGUCCCUGUCAAUCAACAUUGCUCAUUGACUGUUGGGGUAUUUCCGAGUCUCGAGAACUAGGAGGUGUUGGUAUAACAGCAGGCUGAGGGCAAAUAAAAAGCUGAACGUCAAUCGAUGAAAAGGACAGUGUGUAGUUCGUACAUUGAAACAUGAAAGUCCGGGUCCUACAUUACCCACAAUGCAUCUAGAUGGUUUUACUUUUUUUCAUCUGUCCGAUAACUUACACGUCACUUAGAAAGAGAAAAUACCUUAAAUUGGUCACAGCUCAAGCAUUACAAUAAAUAAGUCUAGGUGUCAGUCAGUGUUCCCAUAAGUGUCAAUACUGUGGAAACAGUAAAGCAAAUGCUCUAUCUGGUUUCUACGUAGGUCUGUGUUUUUCAUACAUUGCUAUUGCCCACAUAUUGCAACUGUGUAAUCUGUUAUGAUCAUAAACAAAGGAUAAGUGAUGGUCUAGGUUGAGAUCCUCAUCAUAUUUGUAUGGCAGGUUUUUAUUCGGAUGGCAGAUAUCGCAAGCAUGUUGUGAGAAGUGUAAAUGUAUGUUUUAAUGCUGUAAUUAAUUUUAUUUAAAAUUAAUUAAUUUUAUUAUUUAAAAUUAAUUAAUUUAUAGAGAAUUGAACAUGAGGUGCGAGCAGCACAUAUUUGUUCCCACGUUAUCCACAAAGUGCUGUUAGUGCAGCUGACUUGUUUGGGAGAUGCUGGUGGAGUCUUCAGUGUGAACGGCCAGUCAGUGGAUGGACGCUGUGUGUAUGUGCAAGUGUGUAUUUGGGGGGAAAUGUGCCUAAAUUUUUCAGUGAGCAUGUUUCGUUACAUGGCUGCGAGUUCUCCCUGUGCUCAAUUCUGGUGCUCACCCCAGUCUCACCCUGAAGUCUUUCCUCUGCUCAGUAUUUAAAUAAUAAUAAAAAAAGAAUAAGAGCACAAAACCUCUGUCUGUAGGAUCUGAAUGUAUAUGCAGAUAUUUAUGUCCUAUGAUCCCCUUUCCCCAGAUCUGAGAAUCUGCGCACUUUACACUUGCAUAAAGUGUACCUUCAAAGGAAAUAAAACAAGAUGAAACAUGA